AUGGCCAGAAGUAUCAAGUGUCUUCUGAAGGAGUGUAGCUGUAUCUUUGCCGACAAUGUCCAUCGCGUAGCGCAGUUUACCACCAGUAACUCCGCGAAUGAUCUCUACCGCUCGAUCGGUAUCGUAUCGAUCAACGAGCAGAUCGGCGCCGGACUGCAGAAGUUUAUGUCCGAAUCGCUGUGCGGUCUGAGCAGUGUAUCGAUUAUGGCUUCCGUCGGAAACAUCUAUCUCAAUUUCGGGCUACGGGCAAUUUCCAUUUUUCCCGCGUGGCUGAUCGUCCGACAGGUUGGACGUGCUUUUGGGGAUAAGAAGAUUGGCAGGGAAACUCGUGCCUUGCGUGACACGUCUGACAAUGAGUGA